AUGUCAUCCAGACAAGCUGUCAAAGAAGAGAUAGCAGAGGCUGCUGCUAAGGUGGCCGCUUCGGAGCUCAGCGACGUCAACCGGGAUCAAGAGUACGAAAAAGGUGCCAAGACCACUGAUUUUGAUCCACAACGAACCGGAGUUUUGGGGACCCUUCAAGAAGGCAUUGACACCAUCUUGAAGGCCGUCCAAGGCACUUUAGAGCACGCCAAAGAAGCUGUCAUCGGCAAACCUCAUGAUGCCUCCUAUACCACCAGUGAGGGUGCUUACGAUGAAGCCGUUGAUUCUGAUGCUGGUAAGGCGAGAGAGGUGACAAAUAAGAUAGGCCAGUACAAAGAAUACACCGUUGUCAAGGCGAAGCAAACCAAGGACUCUACCGGUCAAGCGAGUAAGGUUGGCGGAUACAAGGACUACGCGGCUAACAAGGCGAAGCAAGCCAAUUACUCCACGGUGGAGAAGGUGGGAGAGUCCAAGAACUUUAUUGCUAACAAAGCAAAGCAAACCAGGAACUCCAUUGCCGAAAAUAUGGGCGAGUACAAGGAUUAUACGGCUGACAAGGCAAUGCAAGCCAAGGACGCCACUGCAGGGAAGAUGGGAGAGUACAAGAACUACACUGCUGAGAAGAUGAAGCAAACCAAGGACUCCACAGCAAAGAAGAUGGGAGAGUACAAGGAGUAUAUGGCUGACAAGGCAAUACAAGCCAAGGACGCGACUGCGGAGAAGAUGGGAGAGUACAAGGACUAUACUGUGGAUAAGGCAAAACAGGGGAAAGAUACCACCAUGGAGAAGAUGGGGGAGUACAAGGUUUAUAUUGCCGGGAAGGCCAAGGAAGGGAAGGAUUCUGGUGUCUCAAUUCCUAUUCCAGUCACCGAGUCCACUUCUGGCUCUAAUUUGCCAGCUCAUCUUCAGGCCCAGCCCACUUCUGGCUCUAAUUUGCCAGCUCAUCUUCAAGCCCAGCCCCUUGUUUCUCAAGCCCAGCCUCCCGUUUCUCAGGCCCAACCUCCUAUUCCUCUUAUUCGUCGGUCUACUAGACACCAUGUUCAACCUCGCAAGCUAACAGACUACAUUUGCUCCACAGCUACAUACAAUCCUUCACGGCCCACCACACCAAUGCUUCCCGUUGUAUCAGUCGACUAUUCUUUAUUUACAUAUGUUGCUGGUUCUUUCCUCACUAUUGUUCUUGUUUACGUCGAUGACAUCGUCGUCACCGGCAACAAUAGUGAUCACAUUGCACAGUCCAAGGCUUCCCUUAUGCAACAUUUUCAUAUUAAAGAUUUGGGCCCCCUCACUUAUAUUUUGGGCCUCGAAGUGGUUCGUUCUUUUGCUGGAACUUUUCUUACCCAACGUAAAUAUAUUCUUGACAUAUUACAAGAGACUAGAUAUCGUGGUUGCAAGCCAGUUAUUUUCCCUGUGGAGCAGCAUUUAAAACUAUCCUCUGAUGAUGGUUUACUAUUAUCUGAUCCGGCUUCCUAUCGCCGCCUUGUGGGUCGCCUUAUAUACCUCACGGUAUUGAGUUCUCGUCUCAAAUGGAUUUUAUCCGAUUCUACCAUUGAGAAGCUAGGUGACCUCAAGGACUUGGCGGUGGAUGCUGCUCGAUGGGCGGUGGAAUUGUUGUCCGGUAAGAAAGAAUAGGCGAGACAGAAGGCCGCUGAGACUGGAGAGGCAGCCAAGGGGAAGAUGGGUGAGACCGAGGAAGAUGCGCGACGAAAGAUGGAAGAGCUGAAAUUGAAAGGUGAGGAGUACAAGGAAGAAGCUGGAGAGGUGAAGGUUACGAAUAAGAUGGGUGAAACCGAGGAAGAGGCGAGAUGAAAGAUGGAAGAGUUGAAAUUGAAAGGGGAGGAGUAUAAGGACGACGCUGGACACAGGGCCGGAGUGGCAAUGGAUACGGAAAGCGAGAGGUUUGUACGUCUUUAAUCUGGCAAGGUUUAGGGAG